UCAACUACUGUCAUCAUCAUUGCCAACAGCGUCAGCGGCGACAUCACCAUGGAUGAUUUAGUAGUAGAAGUUCGGCUCGAUAAUGGUGCCUAUUAUAAGGGUAUGGUAAAAAGUGUACAUGAUGAUGGUGUAUGUUGCAAGGUUGAUGGAGUUCCAGAAAUCAAAAAAUACCCAUUUAAUAAUGUACGCUUUCCACCAAACGAACCAUCGGAACCUCCCGCCUAUGAACCGGGCCAAGAGGUGGAGGUUCUAACGCGCCCCACAAACAGCGAAGCCUGCGGUUGGUGGCUGGGCGUUUUGAAAAUGCUAAAUGUCGACAUUUGUGCUGUUGUAUAUCCCGGCUUAGAGCAUCCCUAUACCGAGGUAGUGGAUUUAGAAAGACUGCGUCCAAAGAAUCUCAAUCCGCCAAUAACAGCCAAAACGUUUUAUCAGUUCACAAUACCGGUACCCGAAGAGUUGCGUGCGGAAGCACAAAAAGAAGACAUUCAUAAGGAAUUUCAACGCACUAUAUGCGCUGGCGUUUGCGUUUAUAAUCCCGAUCUGAAUGCAUUAGUUGUGAUUUCGAAAUGGGAUAUGACUGAGAAACGCGCCAAUUUGCUUAAAGAUAUGCAUUUUCGUAAUUUACUACAAAAGUAUAUGAUUUUAAAACAUACUGAAGAGGCUACUCGCCAAUUGAAAUCAACUAAACUACUUAACCGUGGGCACGUUGAUGUCUUUCAGGUGCGUGAGGAUUUAAUGGGUCUAGCCAUCGGUUCACAUGGUUCGAAUAUUCAAGCCGCCCGCCUUCUGGAAGGUGUCACCAACAUUGAGCUUGAAGAGAAAUCGUGUACAUUUAAAAUUACUGGCGAAUCCGAAGAAGCUGUACAGCGAGCCCGAGCCAUGCUUGAAUAUGCCGAGGAAUUAUUUCAUGUACCGCGCGACUUGGUUGGUAAGGUUAUUGGCAAGAAUGGUCGCAUAAUACAAGAGAUUGUCGACAAAAGUGGAGUGUUUCGAAUUAAGGUGAUUGCUGGUGACGAUGAGCCGGAUACUAAUAUACAACGUGAACCGGGUCAUGUGCCAUUUGUGUUCAUUGGUACCGUAGAAAGUAUUGUUAAUGCCAAAGUAUUGCUGGACUAUCAUUUGGCGCACUUGAAGGAAGUUGAACAAUUACGCCUAGCCAAAUUAGAAAUUGAUCAACAACUACGAGCCAUCCAAGAAUCUUCUGUGGGUUCUGUGCAAAAUUUCCCCUCAUCUCGUCGCUCGGAACGUGGUUAUAGCAGUGAUAUUGAAUCAGUUCGUUCCAGUCGGGGUGGUCCGCGUGGACGUGGACGAGGCCGCAGUGGUGGCGGUAAUGGUGGUGGCAAUCAACGUUACAAUCAGGGUCGUCGUGGUGGCGGUGGAGAUGACGAUGAUUACAACUCUCGUGGCGAUAACCGUUAUAAUGAUCGCAACAGCGGAGGUGGUGGUGGUUAUCGUGGAGGUGAUCGCCGAGGCGGCCAGAGACGCAACAAUCGUAGUAAUGAACAAAACGGCAGAGAUCACCAGUACUAUAAUCAAAACAGUGAAAAUGUACAGGAAGUUCGCGAACAGAGUAGCGUUGAAAGAGCCGAAAGUAAUUCAUCAUUCGAGGGAAGUUCACGAAGACGCCGAAGACAAAAGAGCAACGUACCCCAUAACACGAACUCUGGCAUGUCAAACAACAAAUCCCAACAAAAUAGUAAACCACCACAACAUAAUGCUGAUAAAAAUAAUGCAGGUGGUGGUGGCGGCGGCGGUAGCGGAGCUGGUGGAAAUGUUGCCGACAGAUCAAAACAGAAUGCCUACAACAAUAAUAGCAGCAGCAACAACAAUAAGGAUACUAAUAAUGUGGCAUUAAACAAGGGCGGUGAUCCGCAAGCGGUAUCUGGUGGUAGCGGUGGUGGUGGCGGUUAUAAUAAUGCAACGCAACAGCAACCACCUAUGCAGCAGCAGCAACAACAGCAGCCACAGCAACAACAACAGCCACAAAAUCAACCGCCAAAAGCAAGACGUAAUAAAAAUCGCCAACAACAAAAUCAUGCAAACGAUCAUCCAAAAUCGCAACAACAAUCACAGCCACCACCACAGCAACAACAACAACACACACAGGCUAAGAAGGAAACUCUAGUGAAUGGAACUUCCUAAUUUACCGUGCAUUGG